AUGCACAAGCCUCAAAGAGACAGCUUUGUUAUUCAAGUAAGAGGAAGUACUAGUACUUAUUCUGAAGCCCUUGACAACCAAAUCCCUCAAGCUAGUAAGUUAAAUUUCUCUGCCAUGAAGCUCUUCCAUCGCUUUCGCAAAAUUUUCAUGCGACUCAUAUUUUCGCGUCCCACGACGACGUCAAGCAUGGCUUCGAAGCAAAGAAGUUGCGAGAGAUUUGAUCCACCGAAGACUUCAUGCAGCUCUUAUUACUCGUCUAACUCACAUUACAGCGAGGCUAUUGCCGACUGCAUUGAGUUCUUCAAUAAGUCUGCUCAGGAAGGGAAUUUAGAUGGUCGAAAAUCUGAUGUUUGGGCUUGA